AUGGAGGAAUGUGGCGAAGAAAAACAAGGCAUCCAUGUUUCUUUGAAAGAUAAUGCGCAGAAGGAGUGGGAGAAAUUACAAGAGGCGUAUAAUAAUUAUAUGAAGGCCAAAUAUGGAGGCAAAGAGAUCAAGGAUACAAAAGAAACCUCCCAAAGAUAUCGACCACUUGAAAAGCAGGAACUUGACAAAGAAAAACAAGGCAUCGAUGUUUGUUCAGAAGAUAAUGUGCAGAAGGCGUUUGAGAAAUUUGAACAGACCCGGCUAAAUUUUAUAAGGGCCAAGUAUUUAGGCAAAGAGAUCAAGGAUACAAAAGAAAGCUACAACGGAAAACCACCACUUAAAAUCCAAGAACUUGACAAAGAAAAACAAGGCAACGAUGUUUGUUUGGAUGAUAUUCUGCAGAAGACGCACUUGUAUUUAAACCAGGCCCAGAAAUAUUAUACGAAGGCCGAGCAUCUCCAUGUUCUUCUGGAAAAUCUGUCUGAACCAGUUGCAUCCUCAGAAACUACUGACACCCUCAAGACAUGUUCCCCCGAGGAGUUCCUGAGAGUUCGUACAGAAAGGGCUGCAGAGAUCUACCCAAUAAAGGACAAAAAUGAACGCAGUCGCCAGGCUCUCAUCAUAUGCAAUAUAGUGUUUGACCACCUUUCUGUAAGGAAUGGGGCCAAAUAUGACAUCAUAGGAAUGAAGAAGCUGCUUGAGGGCCUAGACUACACUGUGACUGUGAAAGAGAAUCUUACAGCCAAGGAUAUGGCCUCAGUGCUGAGUGAAUUUGCUGACAAACCGGAGCACAAGUUGUCAGACAGCACAUUCUUGGUAUUUAUGUCUCAUGGUAUCCUGCAAGGAAUAUGUGGAAUUAUGCAUAGUGAGAAAAACCCCGAUGUGCUUCAAUAUGACACCAUCUUCAACAUAUUCAACAAUAAGAAUUGCCCUGAUCUAAGAGACAAACCCAAAGUCAUCAUUGUACAGGCCUGCAGAGGUGGAAACUCCGGGGGAGUGUGGGUCAGAGAUUCUCCAGCAGCCCUGGAAGACGCCCCAGCCCAGUCACCUGAAAACCUGGAGUCCGAUGCUGUUUAUAUGACCCACGUGGAGAAGGAUUUCAUCACUUUCCACUCCACAACCCCACAUAAUGAGUCCUGGAGAAACACUACAAAAGGUUCCUACUUUAUCAUAAAACUUAUCGCAGGUUUGCAGAAAUAUGCCUGGUGUUAUCCUCUACAGGAAAUAUUCCAGAAGAUACAGCUAUCAUGUGAAAAGGCAAAUGAUAUAGCCCAGAUGCCCACUAUUGAGCGGUCAACUGCAGGAAGAUUAUUCUUCCUCUUCCCCGGCAACUGA